UUACGCCCCUUAUUUUAAUUUCCGCUUUCGGUUUGACAUUAGCAACUAUGAGUAAGAAAAUAGGAAUUCUUGCAGAGUUUAAUUACGAGGACUUAGAGCUAUGGUAUCCAUAUUAUCGUUUAAAAGAAGAGGGUCACGAGACAUUUACUAUUGGGCCGGAAAAGAAUAAAACGUAUAACUCAAAACACGGUUAUCCAUGUAAAGCCGAGUUUGGAAUUGAUGAAAUAUCUGUUGAUGGUUUAGAUGCAUUGAUCAUUCCUGGUGGGUUCUCACCGGACUACCUAAGGCGAGACAAACGCAUUCUUGCUUUAGUUAAGGCGAUGGAUGACGCUGGCAAAGUGCUGGCUUCAAUUUGUCACGGUGCAUGGGUUCUGAUCUCAGCCAAGGUGAUCAAAGGAAGAAACGUAACAUGUUUUAUAGCUAUUAAAGAUGACGUCGAGAAUGCAGGGGCAAAUUACACCGAUGUUUCUGUAGUUGUCGACAAGAACAUGGUUACUUCCAGAUUACCAAAAGACUUACCAGACUUUUGUAAAGCCAUUAUCUCAAAGCUUCGAUGAAUGAUUGACGAAGUAGUUUCACAGUCACGUCAUUUAUGAACACAAUUUCGGAAACUGGAGGGCAAUUAUCGUGUUGGUAUCCAUUAAUAGGACUUUAAAUAUUUUUCUGGUGCAAAAAUGACGUUUUUUAGAAAUACAUUUUUCUAAUCAAAGAAGGAAAAUACAAAAUUGACAGAUGAAAGAAGUUUAAUCAUAAACAAUUGCUUUUGCACUAUACAGUUAUGAACAAGUUAAAACAAAAACAUUUGUCACGAAGAUUUCUGCAGCCAAGUUCCAAUAAUUUGAUUUUGUAAAUUAUCGUACUGUAUCUUUAUAUAAUGUGUGAGGUCAUUUGUUUAUAAUUAUGCUUGAUUAUGUAGCAAUGUUAAUGGAUAUUGAAUAAGAAACAAAAUUUUAAA